CACAUCGUAAGUUUACAGUUGGUACAAUCCGAUGCCCUUCGCUUGGUGAAUGAGGAGCUGAAGGCCGCGGCUGGUGUAAACAGAAGGUAGAAACCAUGGUGAACUUGGCAGCCUUUGCCCGCCAGUACUGGGCGCACAUAUUUGUCCCCACAGGCUUUGUCAUUGGAUGGUACCUUGACAAGCAACAGGACCAGAAGUUGACAGCUUUCAGAAACAAGAGUGCUUUGUACGGAAGGGAACUGAAGCCUGGUGAGGAGGUGACCUGGAGGUAGACUGCUCUCUACUUGAAAGCCUGUGUCGUGUGGUGUGAACGAAUGGGUGUCCUCAAAUCACAAUAUUUAAGAAGACUCCUGUACCUCUGUUUUUGAGUUGUAUCAACCAAUAAUAAAGAUGCCAUUAAUUAAAAUCA